GAAGCGAUCAUGAGAUGGCGAGAAAAUCUCGCUUUAUCCACCAUGGGUCACGCGCGGCUUCUCCACUCUCACGCGCCUCUCUCGCUCCUCAUCGCUACGCGCUUCUUCGUGGACCUUCGCCAUGGCUGCAAUUCUGGUUCUUCUCGCUCUGCCCCUGUUGUCGGAGAGAUUGUCCGUCGGGAAAUGUGGGGCGGAGAAGUAUGUUUCGGCGCUCGGAGAUGGAGGGAUGAAGAACCCUAAUGUUAGAGUGGCGUUGGAAGCUUGGAAUUUCUGUAAUGAAGUGGGCGCCGAAGCUCCCGAAAUGGGGAGCCCUAGGUUUGCCGAUUGCGCCGAUCUCUCCUGCCCAUCCCUUUCUGAUUUUUUGGGCCGGAGGCUUGAUGAUCACUCCAGCAAGUGUGAAGUGCGCCACCUAGUGAAUGAUUCAGACAACAACUUAGCUGCUGGUGAUAAGUUUCUGGUUCCAGGUUUCACAUCUUAUAAGGACCCCGACCUGUUUGCGGUUGAGAAAGAACGAUACCUUGGAUCUUUGUGCAAGGUACAGGAUUCUGGAGAACCAUGGUAUUUCUGGAUGAUUAUGCUUAAAAACGGAAACUUUGACAAGAACUCCACCUUAUGCCCUGAAAACGGGAGGAAAGUCGGUAAAAUAGUUACGGAUAGAAAUUUUCCAUGUUUCGGCCAAGGUUGCAUGAACCAGCCACUUGUUUACCAUAACUACUCAAGACUUGUUUCUGACGGGAAAGGAACAAUGUUUUUAAUGGGAGGUAUCAAUGGAUCAUAUGACCUCGAUGCGGACUUGAGCAAAGGAGCGGGGAAGAGUUCUUUCUUUUCCGUUUCAUGGAAAAAGAACGUACAAAGUGGGAGCUGGGUUUUCUCGAAUACAUUGACAACCUCUGCCAAAUAUCCGUGGCUGAUGUUGUAUCUGCGUGCAGAUUCUGCUGAAGGAUUUAACGGUGGUUACCACUAUAACGGCAGGGGCAUCAUGAGAAAACUACCAGAGUCUCCGAACUUCAAAGUGAAGCUGACUCUUGAUAUUAAACGCGGGGGAGGAUCCAGCAGCCAAUUUUACCUGAUUGACAUCGGGAGCUGUUGGAAGAACAACGGUGAUCCUUGUGAUGGAGACGUUUUGACUGAUGUAACGAGAUACAGCGAGAUGAUUGUUAACCCAGAAACCACGAGCUGGUGCCGUCCAGAUAAUUUAGCAUCCUGUCCUCCAUACCAUACAAGCCCCUCGGGUGAGAUCAUACUCAGGAACGAGACAUCCCGGUUCCCGUAUUCUGCUUACCAUCUCUACUGCAGCCCCGGGAACGGCAAACAUAUGGAGAAACCAUACGAUAUCUGCGAUCCAUACAGCAACCCACAAGCUCAAGAACUUGUUCAGAUUCUUCCACAUCCUGAAUGGGCAGUCCAUGGCUACCCCGAGAAACAGGGAGAUGGCUGGAUUGGCGAUCCAAGGACGUGGGAGCUUGAUGUCGGAGCUCUCUCCAGUCGUCUCUACUUCUACCAAGACCCUGGAACAAAGGCGGCGAAGCGGGUUUGGUCAUCGAUCAAUGUUGGUACAGAAAUAUACGUUAGCAAGAAUCAAGAAACCGCGGAGUGGAAUGUGAGUGAGUUUGAGGUUCUUGUUCCUGAACAACAGCGGCAAGAACAGGACCCUUAUCAAAGCGAAACAACUCUGGAGUGAUUCUGUUGUGUUUCUUCUUGGCCCAGAUGCUGCAAUAAUACAGGAUCGAUCCUUGUCUGUUUUUGCUGCAAAUUGACGAAACUGUAAGUCCAUUUGUAUUCAGUUGAAACAUUUCCUCUUCUGAUCGGUCAAAGCUUUGUUUAGAAGUUUUUUUUUCGGGUACAUGUAACAGAAUCGUUGAUAUGUUGAACAAAUCUUGAGAUGUAUUUAGUUCCAUUGAUCUUGGAACAAACUCAAGAAGAUUGAAAGACUUGUCGGGGCUUCAUUA